AUGCAUAGAAAGAGAGUGAUGGAGAAUAAAACUGAUCCGGUGAAUUUGACCAUCGAAGUUUCAUCCCUUCAUUGCAUCGAUCUCGCCAACUCUAAUCUUCAUCAAACAGCUGAUUUGCUUAAGCAGGCAUGUAAGGAUUGUGGAUUUUUCUACGUCAUAAAUCAUGGUAUAAGCGCGGAGCUGGAAGACGAGGCUUUCGAGCAGAGCAAGAAGUUCUUCGCUCUUCCUUUGGAAGAGAAGAUGAAAGUCUUUAGAAACGAAAAGUAUCGAGGCUAUUCACCAGUCCUUGAUCAAAUGUUAGAUCCUGAGAAUCAAGUUCAGGGGGAUUACAAAGUGGGUUUUACCAUUGGAUUCGAAGGUCCCAAAGAUGUUACCCACUGGGAUAUAGAAAAGCCAUUCUAUAGCCCCAACAUUUGGCCUAAUCAUGAUGUUUUGCUCGGAUGGCGGGAGACCAUGGAGAAAUAUUAUCAAGAAGCAUUGAGGGUUUGUAAGACUAUUGCGAGAAUAAUGGCUUUGGCGCUCGACUUGGAUGAGAAUUACUUUGAUACACCAGAGAUGCUCGGAAAUCCAAUAGCAGAUAUGAUAUGCAAGGAUAAAGACUCGAAGCCUCAAAAAUGGGAAUAUGUACCAUCGAUUAAAGGAGCCUUUAUUGUGAAUCUUGGUGAUUUGCUGGAGCGUUGGAGUAACGGCUAUUUCAAAUCUACAUUGCAUAGGGUACUUGGAACUGGGCAAGACCGAUAUUCCAUUCCAUUCUUCGUGAAACCGAGCCACAACUGUGUAAUAGAGUGUCUUCCUACAUGCCAGUCCGAAAACAACCUCCCCAAAUAUCCAGCGAUCAAAUGUUUGACGCUCCUCUCCCAACAUUACAAAGCCGCACAUGCGCACCACAAACAGACCUAA